AGUCGCUUGCAGCGGUACAGCCGAUGUCUCUUAACUACCUGUUGCAAGCUGCCAAAUGACUGGCUGACGCCAUUCAAAGGCCCGACUGCGGCAUGCUCCUUUUUGUAGCGUGAUUGAACAGGCUCUUUAUUCGAAGGAAGAAAAUAUGUCGCAGCUAACGAGAUGUGAGAAGGGAUCCGUGCUGAGAGCCACCAGGUCUUGUUCUUGUUCGCAGCCCACAGAUCCGCUAACGUCUCCAGCAUAGCGACUGGUACCCACUGCGGCACCAACGCGAGCAUAUCAGGGCGCUGGAUUCCCGAAGUCCAGCUUCCUUGCCAUCUACAGACACUCGCUCAACCUAUUUGUAGCGGUGCCUCGUGACUCGCCACUGCCAAUAAGCCCGGCCUUAAGCAAAGUCUGGUUUUUAGCGGGAAACCCCAGCAGCCGCGCUCCGUACCGCACCGUUAUCCGAAACUCUCCUUUCGCCUCAUUGCUGGAUCUCGAGCUCACCAACUAGAGUCUUGCCAGUCACUCCCCCGGAGGGUGAGACUCCAUUGCUGGGCUUCACAGGCGCCGGCCCUCUGCACCCCUGUCCAACCCGUUACCCAGGACCUAAGGGCACAAUGACCCCUCCUUGGACCUUAAAGGGAGGCCGAUGGGCACCUCAGGGCUAUUCAUUUUACAUUUUUCUACAUUUUUUUUGCCCCUGUUUGCUUCCCAGGAGAAAGCUUCACGAUUCUCGAAAUUUUGGUCAACCACAUUGGCCUAGCCGUCGAUCAGGAACUCACUCUGCAUAAUGAUGGCACUCAUUGACGUGGCCGUUGUCUAGUCGUUCGCCUUACCGGUUCUCUUGGGCCCUGCCACUUUCCUAGCCACAACUCACUGCAUUAAGGCCUAAACGGGCCCGCCGUGUGUGGCGAAGUUGCAUACAUGCAGUAUAUGUGUAUACCAAGUGCCUAGACGCCCGAUGAUGUGAACAUCCUGUGCCUCAAUCUUUCUGACGGCUGUUGAAAUAUCUACAUUAUAAGAGAGGCUCUCACAUAUCUUUUCUCCUGACGUUGGCGUUGACGCUUUCCUCUUUUUUCUUUACCUUGUUUUCGUACGGGGAUUUACAACCCAUGAUAAAUCUUCUACAGUUCAAUUGUACUGUACCUUAAAGCACACGCUGCAGAGUCUAUGUAUGGUGCAGGUCACUGUGAAAGAUAUUUAGUGUUAUUCUAUGGUUGUUUGUCAUAGAGCAAAGCAGGAAGGAAUGGGAAAGUCUGGCCCUGACUAUACGGCGUCAUUCCCAUGCAGCUCCUAGUGCCCAUCUGUUAUGAGUCUGCGGCUUGCUAUUCAUAGUAAAGUUUUGGAAAGCUGGUUCUUCAACCUGGGCCAGGUAUUUCGAGCUCAGGUCGCACCAUGCCCUCUCACAGAUUUGAUCGGGGGCGGAUGUUAAAACAGGAGGACUUAACGGAGCCAUCUCAAGAUGUCCACCUAUCUAGAAUUCCCGGUGUACCGAACAUAAGCCAGUCUAGUUUAACGACAACUAGAUCUCAAGCCCAGCGAACUUUUUUACCUUCCAGAAAUAGAAGAGGCUCGUUAGUCUCAGAUAAUGAGAGCUCUUUUCGAGGAAGAAUCCCGACUCCUCAGAAUACCAAAAUCCCAUCAAAAUCCAACGGGCAGCCCUUGAGGAUUCCGCAACCCUCGAAAGUUGGUUCCUCCCUGGCACCUAGCUUAAUACCAUCGAUGGGCAAGAUGCCUCCCCCUGCUCAAUCUCAAUUAAAGCCAGAUCAUGCAAUUGCUGAUAGGCUCGGGAAACUAUCUUCAGCAGAGGGCCGAUCCCGUAAUGUGCUGCGGAGGAAAGCUCCGUCGAUAGAGCAAUAUGCUGAGCGCAAUAGGGCGGCAUCCGAUACGUCAAAGUUUGGCUUUUUUGGUUCUAAUACUUCCUUGUCGAAGAUGGAGGGUGAGAGCAACCCAUUAAGCUUGGAGCCCCUUUCAGCAGACAGGCCCGAUGAGGAUUCGAGGAGCCGAACACAGGAUCAAGUCCAGCCUCUACAAUCAACGGCUCAACAGCGUACUAGAGCUGGAGAAAUUCCUCGCAUCCCGAAGGAUAUCCCAGAGGAAUUGACCGGACUAGCAAAUACAAUAAAUACAACGGCCUUCCCCCCUCCAACUCCUAAUUUCACAUCCACCAGCAGCCCCUCCACGAGAUAUUCUGAAUCGCCUGGGCCAUGGAGUAGCAGGACGUCCACUCCAACCUCCAUGUCUUCGUAUUCGCCAGGAAUCACUCAACUAACAAAGAUCGGGUCACGUUUAAGGCAACCUAGCCCCGGUCUAUCGAGAAGUCCACUCCCUGGGCAAUCUACUGCUCCUGUUCCCUCCACUAUUCCCACCACUGCCAACAAAGAUGGACCUUCAUUUUAUCCAAGAACACCCCGUAAAGCUCAGACUCAUCCUCCUAUAACGGCAGGCAAGACUGACAAAGUCGAACGGAAGUAUGGUGAUAGGGGAACAAUACCCUUAGAACCUCCUCGCAGGGCCCCGCCUCGAAAAUCAUCCACUAAAUUCAAAUCUCCGAAGACGACGAUGAGCGAUUCCAAGCAAAUGCCAAAUGAGGACUUGGAGAUACGGGAAGAGAAGCAAGUUAUCAAACCAGAUCAGAGCAAAACCGAAAAUUCUUCUCGGCUGCCAGCUCCAACCUCGACUUUCCGGCCACCUAGACCCAGCCGUGCUGGUACAAGUGACCUGGAACUGAAACCAUCUCCGGUAAUUCAGAGUAAUAUGGCAACCCUAAAGCACUCUGGGCAUAAACGUCAGGCUUCCAGCGACUCUACUCAUGACAGGAUUCAUAGAGUUCAUAAUAUCAAUUCUUCGACGGAAUCGUUCCAGUCUAAAGGUUCUAUCCGGGUUCCUAAUCGAUAUGCCUCCCCAUAUCUCACUGGUAACCAGAGCUCCAAAAUUGGGACGGGUUCAAAGGACUCCCUGUCCCGUGCGAACAUGGUUUUAUCAAAAGACCCUAAGCAAGCUAAAGAACCUUCAGCAAGUGGCAGGACAAGGCGGUUUGGGAUAUUCUCAAGAAAAGGAAAAUCAGAUACAGAUAUAGUUGGUUCGGACUCGAAAGAUAAGUCGAACCGACGUGGCCCUGCUGCAGGAACUGGCCACGAAGGUUAUGGAAGGUAUGCCCAGCGGGGGCGAAGAUCCAGCAUAAAUAGCGUCAAUGGAAGAGCAAGGUCCGCGAGCGCAACUCGUCCAUCGAGGAAGGGCAGCACUGCUAGCCAGACAGAAUCGGAAAUGGAUGAUUUCCUAUUGGAUCGCCUGGAACCAGUUGUCAUUAGUGGACAGGGGAUCAUUGGAGCAGAUCUCAGUCGAAUACAGAGCGAGCAGAGCGCGAGUGGCGUGAGCGCCACGUCGACGGCAACUUCUUGUCCUGGUCCACAAUAUUCGAAAGCCGUUGGGGCGUCUGCGGAGUCAUUAGUUUCACUCACUUCGCAGCCAGCCGAAACUUUUGACUCUUUACUAUACAAAAUACAACGAAAUGAAGAAAACCAACGCCUUGCCAACCGUCGGUCUUUCCGGAGGUCACAGCUCUUCGAGUCCCAAGAACAAACGCCUGUACCACUAUCCAUCCAUACCGAUGUUCCCAAAUCCCGCCCAUCCAUUGACAGUUGUAACACAAGCCAAACAUCGUUUUCUCAGUCCAGCGUAUCUAUUACUGUGAACGAACGUGGUCACGAUAAAAAGGAUAACAAGAAGCCCGAGAGGAAAGGGAAGUGGAAUUUUUUUCAAAGGAGCCACCAAAACCCACGAAAGGGAUCACUUCCUGAACCAAGUCCUUCUGUCGAAGUGUCAGUUGCCAUAUCUAAGCUUCCUUCUGCCAGGCAAGUGGCUCACUAUGCGCUCCUCGAAAAUGAGCACCUAGAUCCGGAGUCACUCAGAGAUAUUUUCCAAGGGCUUGAGGAAUCACCAGCCACCGAGGAAGAGGUCGACGAGACCGAAGAAGUUCCCCUCGGGCUUGGCUUGAAAAGAGAACACGGUCACUCCGUUCUGCUGCCAUCUCCUCCACUUUUAGGAGGAUAUGCCUUCGAAAAGCUUCCUUCGUCACCAAAGGUAUUUUUCAACAAAGAUAUCUUUGAUGAGAAAGAAACAAACGGUGUUCAACCGAAAGGGGAUGUUCGGGAAGAACGACGGCCUAACCGACUUGCAUCAGUGGGAAGAAUUCCUCUAGUAAUUUCGAGCCGAGACACGCAGAAAAACCAACCUAUCCCUUCAUUUUCCCGCCCCUUCAGCAGAGCUGAUAUGCCUUCCUUCUUGGCUACGGCCGACUCUCAGCCUGUUCAAUUUUAUAAUCCCGGUCGACCCCCCGUGGGGUCUCAAGUGGAGGCUCUCCCCAGUCAUGCGUUCUAUCCGGAGUGUGCAAUUUCGGACCCUUCCGUUCAUAUCAUACCAGGAAACAAUGCAUCAUAUGCACAGAAGGAUCGCGAAUUCUUGACUUUUCCACGGAAAUCCAUAGCCUCUGGCUCUAGUAGCUCUGAGGGUUGCAAGAGCUUGACUACUGUGACUGCUGUUGCACCACAUCCGGGUUCAAAACUCAGCGAAGACGAGAUCUGGAAUGAAUACGAUGAUUUCAUUGACACGGUGCUAUCACCGAAAGCGGCUCCCAAAAAGAGAAGGUCAAACUCUUCCCAGCAGUCUUUUGAAAUGGCCACUCGUGCCAGCAGGACUUUGCAAGUGGAGAUAAGUGAAACGAGAAAUGGGGACCGUCUUGCUCCCAUCCCUUCGGAAAACCCGUCCUUGCAUCGAUCAAUGUCUUCGGCAAGAUCAAGUGGAAGCACAGUGCGCCUACGCAGGUCUAUGAUACUUUCUGCUCUACACUCUUCCAUGUCCCAGUCUCCUCCAAUGCCGUUCAACGGCAUGUAUGGUGGCAACGGCAAUACGAACAGCGCAGAGCUGAUGAAUCAAGAUGGUACAUUAUCCGUCCGGCGAUUAGAUUCAGAAUCGGACAUAAUUAGAGAAUCUUCGCUUCCUACGCCUAAGAAAAGUGAAGCAGAUCGUCGCAGAAAUACCAUCCUCCUAGAUAGAGCAGAGCGAGAUCGCAAUGGCGCUGUGGAGCAAAUAAACCUUCGCUCUAGCUCCCUCAUGACCAGCCGGUGGUUAUCGUUUGGGCGAGUACUUUUCAGCCCUGCACACAAUCACCUCAAAGACCAAGAUCAGGGUCGAGUUCUUGUUAUUGACGGCUUAGGAAACGAUGAUUGGUCGUUUUACUGUGCAUUGACUUAUCCUACUGCAACUGUGUACAGUCUUGGGUUCUCAGGACCUUCCACAAUUUCCAGUAACCCCGCGGCCUGGCAGCCCCCUUCUAAUCACAGAACUAUCCAUCACGCUAAUAUGGAAAACCCAUUUCCGUUUCCCAGGGGAUUCUUCACCGCAGCAGUUAUUCGAUUCCCGGCUGCUUGCUCCGAGAGUGGAUUGCGGGCUACUAUUUCAGAGUGCAAACGCGUGUUGCGGCCAGGCGCAUAUCUAGAAAUGAAUGUUAUGGACCUAGACAUGGUGAAUAUGGGGACCCGAACACGAAAAGCUGUUCGUAUGUUAAAAGAGCGUAUAUUUGUGGCAGAUCCAAGCAUAAGUCUCAAACCCGCAAGCGACAAUAUCCAGAGGUUGCUUGGAAAGCGAGGGUUCGAGAAUUUGAAUCGAUGCAUAGUUGGUGUGCCAGUUGCAGGCACUAUUUUGAGCUCAUCUGAUACAUCCAGUUCCAACCGGUCAGUCACGUCGAUACACCCGUACUCCCCGAAUCCUACAUCGACCACUCAAGGAGGUAGUAAGCCGAAGCGACCUCCAUCAGACAAUCCCAGCGUUUCUCUUGGUGACCUUCUCUCAGAUUCUAGCCCCUCGGAGUCCAAUGAUGAAUCCAUUGCUAAAAUGGUAGCCAAAGUCGCUCGUUGGUGGUAUACCCGCUGCUAUGAGGCUGCAAUACUACCUGACGGAAACCCGGAUUACAGCAUCUGGGCUGACAGAAGGGUUCUGAGGGAGUGCCAAAGACGUGGGACAGGGUUCCGGUUACUAAUCGCUUUUGCGCAAAAACCAAGCGAACCCCGAAGGACUGCAAGCAUUUAAAAAUGCAAGAACAAGGAACCUAGGGGCACCCAUAACGAACGGUAAAUGCAUCCAUAUUCCUUGGUGCUCUCUAACAACGAAGCUACCGAAAUUCCUUUACGCCCUUUGAGCGGAAUAUUUCCUUUUCGAUCAUCCUUACUACCCCGAAGAAGCAUCAGCAACGCUGCUUCCUCUCUUUAUUUACCUUUACGACCUCAAACACGAUUAUGAAUGAUGAAUGAUUUUUAACGAUCUAUUCCCCCGUUUUACUCUUCACGAAAUGACUCAAACAGAUGAGACAGGGCUACCAAAUCGCCAAUGCCAGACACUACGAAGAUUUCCCAAUAGGCCUCGCGGCCAAUCUCGUUUUGCUGUUCUGUACAUUAAGCUCUUUCCAUUUUUCUUUUUCCAUUCCUACGGCAGGCCACGUUCUAUUCUAUGUGUAAUUAUUUUACUUGUAUCUGUGAGCGUUUUGCAUCAUCGUUUUCUUAAUUUUUUUUAAUCUGUCUUCUUGGGUUUUACACAGGUGGUUAGCGUUGCAUUGCUUGAUGUCUUGUGAUACCAUUAUUCUUGAUGAAUUUUGUUCGAUUUAGCGUGUUUUAUAUGGUUGUCGAUUUACUACUCCAUGCGUUUUGACGAAGUACUAUUAUGUCACUCAUGUCGCAAUCGAUGGCAUGGAAUAUAGGAGGAAAGAUUGUUAUUUAUUAUGCUCGUACCUACAUAAGAAUAGCUAUACUAAUAUCCCAAACGUUUUACUCCAGAAGUCAAAUUUUGAGCAGAAGGCUUUUGAUUUAUGCGAGUCCAUCAUGAAAUAUAAAAUAAAUCACUUAUUGUCAACCACAGAAGAUCCGA